UUUAGUUAUAUCAUAUAUCUUGUUUUAAGUUAUCAACAUAGAAAACGAUUUUUUGCAAAAAGUAAAUUUAAAAUCUGGCAUAUUGAAAAAGAAAAAAGGGUAUUUUUGAAGAGCAAUCAGUCUAGUUUCCUUGUACAUCGACUAGUUUGCAAAAAUGAAUAUCACCAUCGAGUCGUUGCUUGCGGACGCUAAAUAUCUUGUUACAAGAUUGAAGGAUCAUGACAGCGCUGCUGAAAGUCUUGCCGAACAGGCUUCAACUCUCAAGAAAGAGAUGGAAGCAAGAAACACAUAUCAAGAAAAUUUGAUUGAACUGAACAAAGUUGCUGGACACAGACCAAGGUCUACUUUAGUCUUAGGUAUUCAGCAAGAAAAUAAUGCAAUUCGGUCCCUACAACAUGAGAACGAUGAAUUGCGACAAAGUUUGACCGACCACCAGAACGCAUUGGAACUUAUCAUGACCAAGUACAGACAGCAGAUGAUGAAGUUUACUAAGCACCAAAACAUCCAGAUCACUGAAAAUGCUUAUCAAGCAGAAAAACAAUAUCAAGAAGAGAAUAUGGAGCUCAUUGAUAAGAUUCACGAGAUGGCUGCUGUGAUGAGGCAUGCUGCGGAUGUCGACGAUGAGCAAUAUAUCAGAGAUUACGAAGAAUUAUCCCGAUUGCAAACAGAAAAUGACAUUUUAAGAGAAAUGCUGAUGAUAUCUAAGAGUUCAUUUGGAUCAAGACUUAUAACCACUGAACAGAAAGAUUCUGGAAAGACUGACAAACCAGAGUAUGAAUCUGAAAUGGUGCCCACUGACGAUACUACUAGUGAUAAGACAGUUAUUCAUGAGGGGGAAUCAUCCUAAAACUACUCCCCAGACAGUUAUUUUAUUACAAUAGGGAGGACGUUUAUGUUCCUUCGAAGGGUACUCCCGUAGUAUGUGUGUACUAGGUUCAUAAUUCAUUCAGAUUUUUCUUAUUUCAGUUUUAUUUUGAGUUUGGGACUGUCUGUGUUAGCCAAGUGGAUAUACCCCCUGCCCAUAGGUUUCAGUCCCUUUUCACAACUCGAUAUAAUGUAGGCAAACAAAAUUAGUUACCUCCAUAUUGGUACACAUACUUCCGGAGCGCCCCUUACUCUUGUUAUUCCUUGUGUUUCUAUCGAAACUCAGUAUUGAGAAAAUAUAUCUGGUUCAUACAAAGUA